AUGGCGCGUCUCCUGGCCUGUGCUGCGUUGCUCCAGGUCGCGAGCGCUGGCGUGGCUUUCGUGAGCCCGGUGAAUCUGAAGCCGGCAGAGUUGGCCCCCAGAACGGCCACUUCUUCCACAUGGAAAGCCAAAGCAUCAGGCUCUUGGCGUGAAGCCUCUGGUGCCGGCGUCUCACUUGCAGCCGCCCUGCUUGUGGGAGCCAGUUUCGCCCGAGCAGCGACGGAACGAGCGACAUCGCUGUCGCCGCUCUCCAUGGCGGCCCACCGAAAGCCCACCAAAAAGGGCCGAAAGAUUGCCGUCAUUGAGUGCGUGGAGCAGAGGCAAAUGGUCAAGGACGGUGUGCCAGGUGCUGGUGGACCCCGCGGAGGCGUCAGCCGCUACUACACAGAGAAGAACGUCCGCAACACACCCGAGCUCCUCAAGCUCCGCAAGUUCAACAAAUACCUUGGCCGCCACACCCUCCACGUGGAGAUCAAGUGA